UAUGUAAAUCUAUGUAGGCAGCUCGAACACUCCCGCCGGGCUGCAGGUCUUGGUCAAUAAUGGUGUGACAGUCUCCUCGGGGUGAUGAGUUAACGUUGAUUUCCUCGCCGCGCCGCGCACACACAAGGCCAGGAAUCCACCCCACCACACUCCAAGAUGGCAGACCCGUGGGUGGUAACGCCCGGUGAACGAAUAAAGCAUGAUGAACAAUUCAAAACCCUGCGGCCUAUUGGGGGCUACAUCACAGGGGAACAGGCCAAAGGGUUCUUCCUUCAGUCACGGCUGCCUCCACCUGUCCUUGGCAUCAUUUGGGCACUUUCUGAUGUGGAUGGGGAUGGAAAAAUGGAUCUUCAUGAGUUCAGCAUUGCCUGCAAACUCAUCAACUUGAAAUUACGAGGAUUCACUUUGCCACCCACCCUUCCGGCCUCCCUCAAGCAGUCAGCCUGUGUCGGUGUUGCAGCAUCACAGGCCCCAGUUGCAAGUGUGGGCCCUUCUGAUGGCACUGAGGUGCCUGCUUCUCCUGGAGGGGCUGUUUUGGUUGGGGUUGCAGGCCUCACUGGCUGCAGUAAUGGUGUCUCCCUCACCUCUGCAAGAUCUCCUGGUCCCAUUGUGUCCACUGUGGUUGUUUCGACUUCUGUACCUACCUCUGCUGCUCCCAUUUCGGCUCCUAAUUCUGUAGCUCCUGUCUCGGCUCCUGCUGACCUAAGUCAGGUGUCAUCAUUGAUUACACCAACUUCUGCUGAGGUCUCGGUAACUCCAGCACAAAGCUUGGCAGCAGUUAUACCUAACUAUCCAAGUUCAAUUUUAAUGACAGUGUCUGGCCCUAUUCCUACAAUGCCUAUUGGACCACAUAUGAUGCCAGAAACAUCAUUGGGUACAAUGUCCGGCAUUUUGCCAGUUUCAGCAGCACCAUAUGUUAUUCUUGGAGUGUCAGCAGGGGCUGGGCAGGAGCCAGUGACUGCAGCUGUUCCUACAGCUGUCCUUCCAGCUAGCGAUGCUGCAGAAGCUCCUGCUGGGGCUGCCACUGCUGCACCCCUAGGCGGUGGUGUGAUGCCCAGCAGACCUCCAGCAAGGCCCAUGCCAGCAGUGGUACCAGGUGGUGUGCCAUUGGCAGGGAUGGCUCCAGUAGUUCCAACACAACCCAUCCUGUCCAUGGCACCAGCUGCAACCUCUGCUGCUGCAGGGCAAAUUUUGCCUUUAACUGCAGUACCCAAGGUUGUAGGCACUAUGCCACAAGUACCCUUGAUGUCAUCUACAACUCAGCCAAUGGUGCCACCAGCAUCCCAACCCUUGUUGCCGUUAUCCCAGCCUAUAGUGCCACCAUUAGCACCUCUGGUGCCAUCAUCCCAACCUCUGGUGCCACCAGUAUCCCAGCCCAUGGUUGCACCAGUAGCCCCAAUGAUACCACCAUUAUCUCAACCCCUUGUGGCACCUGUUGCCCCCAUGGUGCCUCCAGUAUCCCAACCCAUGGUGCCACCUUCAUCCCAACCCAUGGUAGCGGCAGCUGCCCAUUGUGUGAUGGGCGCUACUCCACAGCCAGCACAAGUAGGAGGCAUGGUAGGUGGGGUGAGCACUGCUGGAGGAGUGGCUGCACCUGGUGCUCCUGUUACAGCAGCAGUUCCACCUGGAGCUCCUGGGGCACCUGCUGGAGCAGCAGUGCAGCGAACUGGCAGCCAGGAUUCUGGUGGUGCCCAGACCCCCGGUGAGUGGGCUGUUCCCCAGGCCAGUAAGCUGAAGUUCACCCAGGUGUUCAACAUGUCAGACAGGACCAAGUCGGGAUUCCUGUCUGGGGUGCAAGCCAGAAAUAUACUUAUACAGUCACAUCUGCCCCAGCAGUUAUUGGCUCAAAUCUGGGCACUCUCUGAUGUUGACAAUGAUGGGCGGCUGUCAUGUGAAGAGUUUGUGUUGGCCAUGUAUCUGUGCGAGUCAGCCAAGGCUGGAAACAAACUUCCCACGGUCCUGCCAGCAGACCUCAUCCCGCCCACUAACCGUCGCCAGCGUGCCUCCAGCAUCCACUCUGGUGGCUCAGGAGGAACCCCAGUGGCUGAACUCAUGGGAGGCAUCAAUGACAACUCUUUUGAGGAUAAAAGACGUGAGAACUUUGAGAAAGGUCAGGCAGAGCUGGAGAGGCGCAGGAAAGCUCUUCUUGAUGCACAAAGACGUGAGACAGAGGAGAGGCUUCGCAGGGAACGAGAAGAAGAAUCCAAAAGGGAGAAGGCUCGUCUGGAGGCAGAGCGACGAAGACAAGAGGAACUGGAACGUGAGAUGCAGCGGCAGCGAGAGAUAGAGACUCAGCGAGAGCAAGAGAGAAAGAGGCAAGAGGAGAUGAGGGAACAAGCUCGGAAGGAUGCUGAGUUUCAGAGACAGCAGGAAUGGGAGAAACAGAGGCUGCAGGAGCUAAUGAACGUGAGGCAACGGCAGCAGGAAAAUAUGUUGUCUCUUAAAGCCAAGAACCAGAGUCUUUCCAUUGAGUUUACAACAAAGGAAGACAGAGUUAAAGAGCUAACUCAGAAAAUCAGUGAAACAAGGCAAGGAGUGACUGAGGUGAAGGCCACCAUUGACACAAUGCGAUCUACUCGGGACACAUACAUGACAGAUAUGAACCAACUCAAGGCAGCUGCUCGGGAACAAAAUCAGAGGCUACUAGUUUUAAAUCAAGAAAAGGCUCGUCUUAAGGCUCGCAGCACAGCUGCUGCUGGAGCAAGUGGAGCUGAACAGGCAGCUGUGGAUGCCUCCUUCACCAGUAAACAGAUGGUCAUAAAACAGUUACAGGAAAAGGUUGACAGCAUUCAGGCAGAGCUAUCAUCCAAAGAGGAAGAUGUGAACAACAACCUAACAGACUUGACUCACAUGAAAGAGGACAUACACACCACUGCCGAGCGCUGUGCUGAACUCUACUUGCAGUACUCUGAAAAACGAAAGCAGGUGAUGGCUCUACGAGAAAAGCUUCUGAAUCCUGACGCUGCGUGGGGUGAUGCUGCUAGUUCUUCUUGGGCAGGUAAAGGGUUUGACAGUGGUGGGGCUGGUGCCUGGACUAGUGCAUGGCCCCCCAGUCAGCCCAAAGAUGCAUGGCCCAGUAGCAGAGGUGAUGUUAGUGAUGCCCUCACCAGUAGUCAACAGUUUCAACAGGAGCAGGAGGAGCAGCAGGUGCAGAAGCAGCAGGUGGAGGAGGAGCAGGUGCAGCCGCAGGAGGUGCAACAGCAGGAGGUGCAACAGCAGCAGCAGCAGCCACCUCCAGUGCCGCCGCCCCCAGUACAUCAACCCGCAGCAGAACAACAACAACCUCCAGUACGACCCCCGCCCCCUUCCACAACCACCACCUCUUCCACUAUGCCCCUCAUGGCCAAUACUGGCACUGUACAUGAGAAGCCGGCAGUACCCCCAGCCCCCCAGAAAGCUGACGGCAUCAGCAAAACCAACUCCACUCUCAUCACCAACAAUACCAGUGCUGUGGGCUGGGGGGUCCACAAUUCCACAACCUCCUCUUCCUCAACCACCACCACCACCACAGCUCCUUGGGGGGCAUUCUCCACCACAACCACCACCACCAUCCCAUCUACCACUUCUACCACACUUUCAGAUAAAGAGGAAAAUGCAGUUAGUGGACAAGGUGAAGGGGUGAUGAGGCGCCGGGCACUGUAUCAGUUUGAUGCUCGCAACACUGACGAGAUCAGCUUCAUGCCUGGAGAUGUAAUUGUGGUAACAAUGACUGAGGGAGUUGAGCCAGGGUGGUUAGGGGGUGAACUGCGUGGCCAGACUGGUUGGUUCCCUGAGGCAUACACAGAGUUGCUGGAGAGCAGGGAAGCUGAAGCUGUUUCAGAAUCUCUUGUUAGAACUCAUCUGGAGAACAUACCAGAGGAGGCAGUGACUAAUGCAGCAGUGCAACAGAAAGCAAUGGGUGAGGCUGUGGGAGUAUUCCCUUGGAGAGCCAAGCAGAGAAACCACUUGUCUUUCAAUAAGGGAGACCGAAUAACUGUUAGGGAGAAGCAGGAUCAGUGGUGGUUUGGAGAACUGAACAAUGUGGGAGGUUGGUUCCCGAGAUCAUUUGUACGUAUGGUGUCAGGCCCUGCUGCUGUUACCUCGCCUGUUACCACCCCUCAAGAGGCCCCAGAAGAACCUCCUAUGCCAGACAACUUGGUUCAUGAUGAUGUGUCUGAGUUUUAUCAAGCAUUGUAUCCAUAUCAGUCUGGAGAGCCUGGUGACCUCAUUUUCAAUGCUGGAGAUGUUAUCCUUGUGGUCAAGAAGGAGGGUGACUGGUGGCAUGGCAUUUGCAACGAAAACUCUGGGAUCUUCCCUUCAAAUUAUGUAGAACUCAUGACUAACCAGUUUAUAACAAGUGCAGGAGACAAAGUUGAGGAACAGCCUGAGGUGACAGCUGCCUCGGAGGAGCAGGUGGCAUUGGGGGAGAAGCAGGCAGAGGCAGACCUUCAGGUGGUAGCCAAUGAAGAAAGUAAUGAGGAGCAAGGGAAAGCCACCACCACCCCUGCAACUGUUCAGACCCCUGACUCGGCUAAUCUGAAGGUUAAUCAGGACGACGAACUAGAAAACAAGGAGGUGAUGGACCUUGCUAAGUCACCCAGGUCACCCAAGGGCAGCAAAGGAAAGAAGCCUGAGAUUGCCUCAGUUUUGGCUCCUUACGAUGCAACAAGUAGCAAUCAGCUAAGUCUCCAGCGUGGACAGCUGGUAAUGAUACGUAAAAAGACAGCUUCUGGCUGGUGGGAAGGAGAGGUCCAGGCUAAAGGAAAGAAGCGCCAAAUAGGGUGGUUCCCUGCCACAUACGUUAAAAUAAAGGGUGGAUCCUCUCGCUCCACACCAGUCUCCAUGGAGCUGACCAACAGAGAGGACGCUCCCCCUGACCAAGUUUCCCCUACCUCUGCCAACCCACUCACCCAGGUCACCGUGACCCCACCCACAGAUGAGCCGAUGAAGGGGCCAAAUGAUGCGUCAAACGGGUUUGCAGAACAAGUGGAGGCCCUUUACCCAUACACUGCAAUGAAUGAAGAUGAGCUGACCUUUGAGGCUGGUGCCAUAAUCUCGGUGAUUGACAAGGAAGAUGCUGCUUGGUGGAAAGGGACCAUAGAGGGUGCUAUCGGUGUCUUCCCCUCCAAUUAUGUGCAGCCUUACCCCAGUGACUCGGCCAACACUGCUGGAACACCUGAUGCAGAGGACUCCUUGUGCUACAGAAAUCAUGAGAAGGAUGGGAAGAAGAAGGUGGCAUCGAGGUCCAGCUGGCACAUCUCCAUGUCCUCCCCCGUGGAGCAGAAACGGCAGAUUGUAAUAAAAGAAUUUCUGGAAACAGAGGCAGUGUACCUCCGUGAGCUGCAGCUGGUGGAUGAGGUGUUCAUAAAAGCCAUGCGCUUAUCAGGAAUCGUCAGUGAGAAAGAACUAGAUUUGCUGUUUGUUAAUUGGGAUGAACUGAUUCUAUCAAAUUCAUACUUCAGUAAAGCUGUAAAGGUGCGGUGCAUCAACAGUCCUGGAGGGGUCAUCACAAUGAUUGGAGAUGUAUUGUGUCAGCAGAUUAGUCAGCUGAAGCCGUACCUUAGGUUCUGUAGCCUCCAGAUGCAUGGUGCCACGCUGCUCGGGGAGAAGUGCCAGGCAGGUGGCCCUUGGGCUGACCUGGUGAGGCAAUGCCAAGAGCAUCCGCUUAUCCAGGGCCACACCCUCACGUCCUUCCUGCUCAAGCCCAUGCAGCGGAUAACCAGAUACCCACUACUUAUCAAACAGCUCCUAAAAUACACCCCAGAGGGUCACCCUGAUUAUUACAACACUCAAGAGGCUCUCGCUGCAUCUGAAACACUUUGUGCACAAGUGAAUGAGGCUGUGAGCCAGAGGGAUAACACAGACAAGUUAGAGUGGAUGCAGAAAUGUGUAACCUGUGAGGGGCUGCAGGAACGUCUUGUAUUCAACUCCCUCACCAACACACUUGGCCCUAGGAAGCUCCUACACACAGGCAUUCUUCACAAGGCUAAAAGUAAGCGUGAACUUGUAGCUUUUCUCCUUAGUGACUUCCUUUUGCUGACCACACCCAACAAGUCAGUGGCUUCUUGCACAACUCUAGCAAUGCUGGAGCGAGCCCUCACCUCUACCACCUGCACCAUGUACCGUAAGCCUAUGUUCCUGACAGACCUGAGGGUAGAAGGUGACAAAGACUCUGAGAUGUGCUUCACUCUGGUUAGCCCGGCCUGCGGUGAUAUUGCCGUGUCGGCCCCAACCACACAUGAACGAAAUAACUGGCUCAAGAAAAUUGCCAUUGCUCAGAAGCAUAUUAUUGAUACAGAAAGAUCUCUUCUGCAUCGCCAGCAGUCUAAAGAGAAAGACAUGAACAUAAUGGGCCGAGUGUUAGUCACCGUCAUGGCAGGAGUCUCCUUGAGUGAGAGACAUGUUGAUGGCACUCUCCAGUCCUUCUGUGAGGUCAGCCUGGGCUCCCAAGUGCAUCGUACAAGCAUUGCUACCUCACCUCAUCCAAAGUGGGAUUCCACCAUGCAGUUCCUAGUUAAAUCCCUCUCUGAGGAUGUCUUGUGCAUAACAGUUUAUGAGAAAGGUUACUUCAAGCCAAAUGAGUUUCUUGGAAGAACAGAAAUCAAGAUUCACCAGGUGUAUGAGGAGACCCGCCACCAGCCAGGUGCUCAGCCUCAGGUACACAAACUUGCCCUCCAGGAGGCAAAAACAGGGGAGGUAAUUUUGAAAAUAUCACUUCAGCUUUUCGAGAGGUCAUAGCAGUUGUAAGGUGACAUGAAUCGAAAGGUGUUCGGGUAUAAAUUAUAUAUAAAUUCUAAGUAUUUUAUUCACAUACUGCACAUUAUGUGUGCACACACUUGCACACACACAGUAGCAGUACCCAGAGAUUGACUAUAAUGAACUUGCUCUAACUAGGAGAGUAAUUGAUGUCAAUAAUGAGUCCAGCUCAUGAUCAGACUGUGGUGAAUUACACACGCUUUACUGUACCCUUCCUUUGCAUUUAUUGAACGUUUUCUUCCUCUAAUGCACAAAGAUGCUCAAGUGAUGCCUUAUAAGAAAUAUUUUACCCAGUUGCUAGUGUCUUGCUGUAUUACAAACUAUUAGUCUUGUUUUCUCUUGGCCUGAGAUCAGUUAUGUUGGUUCAUAUAGUGUUAGCUCAUUUAUUAAUUCCCUGAAUUGCACAUGCUACUAAAACACAAUGGGGUUAAUCUGAUCAGCCCUUUAGAAAUUCUACACAUUGUUUUGUCUUGGUCAGUCACUCAUGAGCAUUCUUUAUAAAAAAAAAAAAAAAAAAAAAAAUCAGAUCAUCAGACUUUUCUUAUUUUCUGGUUGCCUGUGGUGCAAAUUAUGAAUAUUUUGCUCUUAGUUGCACCCUUUAUUUAUUUAGAACUUUUUAGCCUCAUUAAAGUCAAUUCUCAAAAAAAUAAAAUUGAAAAAUUUAAUCCAAGGGCAGUAAUCAUAGUGAAGCACAACACAUGAAAUCAAUCCAUAGUUUUAAUACAUGUAUUUCAAUUCUUUAUUUAAAAAGUGGUUGGUUUGCAUGCACUUGUAAGACUGCUAGCUAAUAUUCAUUACUCCGCUGUUCAUUUAGAAUAUCUUUUUUUAUCAUGCUAUUUAUUUAUCAAUGUAAGGUAUUUUUUCAAGGUUGAAUAUCUUUGAAAAGUUCAGUAUUUUGAUAACUUAAUAUAUUUGUACAUAGUUCAAUGGAUUUUUCUCAUGGAUUUAAGCAUUACAUAUCAUCCCUGAUAAAAUAUAAAAUGUAAAAUAAUAAUGUUGAAAGUAGAAUAGAAUUGUAUGUAAAACAAACAGUCCAGUCACCAUUUUCACACUUAUUUACUAGUAAAGCAUCCACCUUUGGUUAAAUUGAAACUGAAUUACAGAUUAAUAUUUCACCACCAAGUGUUCGUCCUACUUCAAAGAGUUUUCUUGCAUUUUAGUUUGGUUGAGACUUUGAACUAAGGGUACUUCUACAUAACAAAUAUGUUAUGCUAAAUAAUGCCUUUUUGGCUGUGUUAAAGUUGCUAUUAAAGGCAAGAUAGCUCCAGUGCUGAGUACCUUGUAAAUGAUUGACUGUGUGUUUGGUAUUGACAAGCUGUUGGAAGAAAACGUGGUAUCUUUCUCAAUUGACUGGAUGGUACAUGAGUCAGACAUUCAAUCCUCUGCUGCCAUGUCUCUGGAGGAGCAACUGAUAUCUAAAUUAUGUUCAGCUAAUAUAUAUAACUUUUUUGUCUUGGGACAGGUUAAAGUACAUGGCUAUUUCUUUCACUCUGGUCUUGUAAUGUGUUAUUAUUUGUUGCCAUGCUUCAUACGUCUUAAUAUAAAAAUUGCCACUCAUAACAAAGCAUGGAAUUAUAUUUGCAAUCUUGAAAUGUGAGAUGCUGUAAGUAGAUCCAUGACCUUCCAUGAUUUGACCUGGUUAACCUCUGUGCAGAAUCUUGUUCAUAUCAGGUGUAUCAGUAAUGCCUCAGCAGGGAGUGCAAAUCACACAUAAUAAUGAGCUGCAGGGAGCCCCCAACCAUGACACCUGUGUGUAGGAGCUUCAUGUUGUCAUCAUAAGCUGUUGUAUUCAUUGCAGAACAAAGACCUUUCCAAAUGUUUCCCACUUUGUCUGAUUUUAGUGUACUCUAAUUUUAUAUAUCUCUGCAGCUUAGUCCAUCAUUCAAAUUAAGUAAAAAUUAUAUAAUGAAAGUGUUUAUGAGAUUGUAUUUAUAAUGUAAAAUUCUAGCAUCCAUCUUUUAUAAAAUCCAAGCAUAGCAUAUAGUGGCAAUGAAUGAGGCAAUUAACUUUAAUUUUGAGGUUGGUAGGGUUACUUGUAUUAUAUUCUUAGUUCAGCUGACCCAUUCACUAUUGAUAUGGCCAGGCAGCAAAAUUAAUGUGACACACGGUGAUGUAGAGGGCUGUGAAGUGUGUGUGGGGAUGUACAGCUUUUCCCGUGAAUGUGGAAGCGAGGCAUGAAGUGGGUGAAGCAACGCGCCUCAGGCGUAUGCCACCAUUGAUUGAUUGACAGUGAUAGCAGGUUUCUACUUUUUUUCCUCCACCAUGUCACUACCAUUGUGCAUUGAGUCAUCAUGGAGUUUUUUCUAAAAAGAACUUGUCAUGCACUUUUCUUGUAGAUCCACUUUUUUUACAUUUUCCUUUGUCCUGCAUUAUAGAUUAGUGCUGCAAACUCUUUUUGCCUGGUGCUAGAAUAUAAUAAUAUAAGUUAUUUGUACUACAAAUUUUUAUUUAAGAAUAUGCAUUUUCCAACUUAGGUAAUGCACAAUCAAGGUACAGUACUCUUUGAAAUGGAUAAUUCACAAUAAUAUUUUUACAUUAUUAGAGAAAUUAAUUAUACAUACAUGAAAACCUCUACAAAAUUUGUCUUUUUAUAAAGAUAUUAUCACAUAUUUCAAAAGAGCAUCUCUGCCAUGGGCUUUGCAAUAGUGAAUAGGCUAAGGCUUAGAACUCCUUUCCAGUGUCAAUCAAUAAGUUGACUAAUCAUAGUGGGUCCCGAAAGUACAAAUCUGAGACAUUGGCAAUCUCAUCUGUUAAGUUACACUAAUAACUACACCUUGCACUGUGAUGUCUUCAAGGUUCUUGAGGAGUGAACAUACAUAUUUUUUAGAAUUAUAUAUUCCUGAUGUUCAUAUAGUAGAUGUAAGCAAUCAUAUGCAUAUCAACACAUAGUCCAUAAGUUUUAAUUACAGUUUCAUAUGAAAUGUAUUGAAAAGGUUCAUAUGUGCAUGUGAGCAUAUAUAUAUAUAUAUAUAUAUAUAUAUAUAUAUAUAUAUAUAUAUAUAUAUAUAUAUAUAUAUAUAUAUAUAUAUAUAUAUAUAUAUAUAUAUAUAUAUAUAUAUAUAUAUAUAUAUAUAUAUUAUUUUCUUCAUUUCGAGCCUAAUACUUGUCAAUAGUAUUCAGAGAUCAAGAUGGUCAGCAUGAUUGUAUGUGUACUUUCAGUGUAACACUUCAUUCUUAAUCUUUUAUUUUCACCUACAGCUCCUCUACACACACACACACACACACACGCACACACACACACACACACACACACACACAUACAUACAUACAUACAUACA